CUUUCCAUGUAUUCGACAUGGCCAUUAUGUCCAUGGCUGCAUCGACCGCACAGCAUGCGACAGCAUUGCGACUUUCCCGAAGAGCAAGAAAUGUCCACACGUGAAAUGGAGAAAUCUGCAUGCCGUCACUUCGGCGACUUGUGAAGAUUGUGGCCGGCAUGUGAAAGACAUUGAGAUCAUUCCUACUGUAAACCGCCGCGUCGUGAGCUGGUCUCGAAAAGAACCAACCCACAUUGGUCAUGGGCGGUAAAGCUUUUGUGAGAGCGGUCGCCGCCGGUCACUCUUCUCCUGCGACACCCCGGAUGUCACCGGCAGAGUAUUGUCAUCUCGUGGAAAUUUUACACACCCGCCUCUGUGUUACUUUUCCCGAUCGGCACGUUACAACGCUCAUCCAAGCCCCAGAGAAGACAUCUCACGGCGACAUCGAUUUCCUCGUGUCGCGUGAUGGGCAAGAAAUUGAUUACAUGAAAGUGGCCCAUGGACUCGGAGCCCAUGCGAUCAUUCUUUCGACAGGGGCCUGCUACCUUGCAUGUCGUAGAGAUGGUCUGCGGAGUCCGAAUCCUGCCAUCGUGUUCACGGAAGUCAAAGGUGGACCGAUUGUUGAGCAAGAUGCUUCAGAAACCGAACCGGAAAUUUAUGCUCAAGUUGAUGUCCGAUUUAUUGCGUCACAGGAUUUUGCGUGGCACAUGUUUACACAUGCUUAUGGCGGUCUAAUUGCUAUUCUUGGCCGCAUGGCAACACAUGCAGGCUUUCGAAUCGAUGACAAAGGGCUCUCAAUACGCCUGCAGGCGUACGACGACACGAAGGGCCGCCCACAUCUAAAGGUGCCUGCCACCUUGGGCUACUGUCUGCUGUCGAACGAGCCCGACAAAGUCAUGGAUUUCUUUGGUCUUUCUGUUCAAACCUACCACGAAGGAUUUCCGACCUGGGAGAGCUUAUUCACCUGGUUGACCUGCUGCAAAUUCAUAUCGAUUGAGGUGAAUUCUACUGACAAUGGAGCUAACGGCAAGCCGAAACCAGAAGCAUACUUGCGCUUUUACAAGGACUGGCUGCCUGGAUUCAUCGAUGAUCAGAAUCGGUUGAACAGCGAGUGGCACAUAUCUUGCGGAACUAUCGGUGUGGUCGGUAAUGAGAAGCAGCGGCAGAUCUGGAAGGAUCAAGCGCUUGAGAGGUUCGAUAAGCUCGAGGAGUACACACAAGGCUGCGCGCAUUUGGAACAGGAGAUUGCAGAACAAACAGUUUCCCAUUUGCUGAAGCCGAUUGUUCGCAAGGCAACUGGCCUUGCAGAGUCGAAGCAGACGGAAAUCUUUCGAUCACUUCGAAGAUGGGUUGCAGUGGUUGAUGGCAAGCUACGCGUCUUAUCCGAAAGUCACAGCGACCAUGACUCUCAACUACGAUACCUUCUUGCAGACGAUACAAGUUCGUUGCUAGACCAGGACAUGACAAUGGAUUGGAUUCGAGAUAAUUGGGAGCUUGUCAGAGCUCUGGAACGCAAAGCUAAGCACAAAGGUACCUAGGUAGUAACUAUGAUGCAUCACAAAUUGGCAACGAACACAACAUCUCGGUGAACCGCCAUUGAAAUGGAUACUGGAUCAAACACAAUAUGUCAUGGCACAACUUCCACGUAUGCUGUACUCGAAGGUAAUUACUUCCGCGAGAUCGUAGAUCGUCGAAAUGGUUGAGGGACAAGUUAGAGAAAAUAUUUCCCCGCUUGGCAACAUCGAACCGAACAACUCCAUUGCCUACUCGCAACAUUUCCCUUGGCUGGCGAAAGUAGCUAUUGAGAUCGACGUGUGGAUCACGGCGACGGGUAAAUCCAUGUUACCAUGUCAAUCCAAGCUCGUGGUGAU